AUGGUAUAUCAAAAUCAGAUUGUUAAACAUAUCCUUUUUAAACUUUAAAAUUUGAUAUGCUAUUGUUUUGAGAAUAAGAGAUUAAAAACUAAGCAAAUAAGAAUAACUAAAUCAAAAAGUUUCAUAAGGAUGUUAUUUCAUUAUCUUUUUAUAUCUUAUUAAGUUUUCAGAAUUAGUCUAAAAUGA